UGAAACAUCGUAUGGAUGACAGAGGGAGCUGUUGAAGAGGGUACAUUAAUGUUUAAAAAGUACUUGACAGGUGAAUGGACACGAAGGGAGAGUACUUUAGAUGGAAAUCUGAUUGACAUUGUGGAUCACAGUUUCGCUGUGGAGUGGAUGACAGAUUUUGAAACAUUUCAAGAUGCAUUGAACCAAGAGACAACCUAUGCCAGCAAUCUAACUCGUUCCAUGAGCCUUGUCCUGGAUGAAUUCUACAGUAACCUGCGGGUGGUUGGGGUUUCAGCAGUCGAGGGCGUUGGGAUGCAUGAAUUCCUGCAGCAGGUCACGGAAGCAGCAGCUGAGUACGAACGUGAUUAUCGACCUCAUUAUGAGAAGAUGCAGCAACACCUGGCUGCCAAGGAGGCGAAGAAGCGUGAAGACCAACUAGAACAACUGCGAAAAGACAUGGGGGAGAUUGCCAUGGAUUCCAGCCCCAUUCCUGCCAAUGCAGAUGAGGAACAUGAGGUGGAUCCGGGUCCCUCAGGUCUAAUCCUAACCCGUGGGAUUGCUGAUGAAGAGGAUGAGGAAGUUGAUUCAGAUACGGAUGACCUGGAUUAUCAAAAAGUGGAGGAGCAGAGCGAGGAACCUGCCUUCCAAAGAUACCUGGAGCACAGAAAACAGCGAAACCUCCCUGUUGCCAAAGAAUGACGAGGGAUCAGCUUGGCCAGGUGCCUCAGCCAAUCAGCUGAGCACAGCUGUUGCCAGUCAGUGCGUUUGCGUGGACCCUCCAUCCUCAGAAACCCUCCCUGAGUGGAUGGCAGGUUGAGAUGUGUUGAGUGCUUCCACACUUCACCUGGCCAACGACUCAAUCAGUGGUAGAGUGGUGGGGUCCUACCUUGUUCCACCUGAACACUUGACUUGCUAUAAUUUCAUACAUCAUCGGUGUCUGGUAUUUAUUCAAUAAAAGCAGUUUGUUAUUUUCAUAAA